CAUUGAAAAUUUUAUAUUAUUUUGAUCAUACAUCAAUGGAUUUUAGAAAUUACCAAAUACAUAAAUGUAUAUUGCAUUUUUUAAAAUGUGUAGUUUUCUUUCAUAUUUCUAUACAUUAAUGAAUUAGUGUGUUUAUCCAGUGUAAUGGCUAUAUUUGAAAAAACCUCGCAAUCCAAAGGCAUUAUUGAUCAUACUGAAAAACUUAUUUGUGUAGUAGAAAAUGCACAAAACAUUAAUAAACACACAGAAUAUAUUUUACGAGUCCAGGGAGGACCUUGUAAAGAAAAUAAAUGGAAUGUACCACAUAGGUAUAGAGAUUUUGCAGCAUUACACACAUCUCUGCAACAAGCAAACAUUGUAUUGCCUUUGCCACCAAAGAAACUUAUUGGGAACAUGCAACCAUCUUUUAUUGCAGAGAGACAAAUUGCCUUGCAGAAUUACCUGAAUGAGGUGUUAAAACAUCAAAUACUAGCUUUAUCUUUGCAAGUAAGGAGUUUUUUAGAUCCCCACAAUUAUGCAUUAAAUAUUGCAGAGCAAGCCUUGCAAACUAUGUCUAUUGCAUUACGAGGAGAUGGACGCUAUGAGCUAAAAACUCCUUUGCCAGAUAUUGGCUGGAGAAUCUGUAAACACUAUUUUUUAGUAAUAGAAGCAGAAAGUAGAACCAAUUAUUUGCUAUCUUGGCAAAAUUAUGGCCCUGAUAGGUAUAUGAAUGACAAAGUAAUGCAGACUGCUUUCAAGAGCUUACAGAAUAUUUCUCAUCCUUAUAUAGACCAAAUAUUAGCAAUUCACAAUUUAGAAACUGGUGCCUAUGUAGUUAGAAAAAUUCAUGAAAAUGGAAGCCUCAGAGAUAUAUUAUAUGGAACUGAAUACAAUAAGAAUUAUUUAAACAAAUACGGGAAUCCAAAAGUGAGAAAACCUUUUACUGAUGGCCAGAUAUCUCACUAUGGAUAUCAAAUAUUACAAGCGUUGAAGUUUUUGCAUGAUAAAGGCUUGCCACAUGGACACAUACACCCUGGAAAUAUAGCUAUAGAAAAUCAAAGGGUUCUACUAUUGGAUGUGGAGAACAUAAUAAUGGGUGCGCCGUGCUUGUACCGGCCACAGUUACGGGAACUCAGAAGGACCGCGACCGCUGAAGCCAUCGACACCUACUGCUUUGGUCAUACUCUGUAUGAAAUGGCGCUUGCAAAGCCACUCGAUGGUCAUUAUUGUGACUACUAUCCAGAGGAAAUCUCAGACGAAUUGGAAUCUGUAUUAAGGCUGUGUAUAUCAAGCACAACAUGCAAGCACGGUGGGCCUUCAUUACACCACUUGCUUAUGCAUCCAUUUUUCUACCGCGCUCCUCUGAAUGGCCUGUCAAGUAUGCGAGACGACGAACGAGCCCACCUAAAGUUUCCACUUCCGGUUAAAGAUGAAUUGAAAGCAGCUUUGACACAAAUGGAAUCGAGGUUAAAAAGCGAUCAAAAAUUGUUACGCAGUACAAAGAGGGAAGUUCGUAUUCAGGAGAUAUUAAGUUCUGAGGAAGAACUUAGGAAACAAAAACGAAGAGCGAAGAAACGUGAUAGUAUUUGGAAGUCGACGUCGUCGCUAGCGGAGACGGUACGGUCGCAAAGUGCAAGUACAACGUCAUCGCCGACACCGCCCUCUAUGCCUACGGAACCAACCGGUAAUGGAACCUGCACUCCGGCACCUUUAACCGCCACGGCUACCGCUGCAUCAGCGACGACAUCUGGAUCGAGCGGCCGCACUGCACUUCUUGACGCUAUCUGUUCUUUCGAUAAAUCACGGCUUGCUCGUGUCAACUCGCGGUGAGAUCAAUACAAACUUGUACAAGCUCUACGUACACUAUUGAGAACAUUAAUGUUAAGUACUGUUUCUAGUGUACAUGAUGACAGAAACGCUAAAUUUCAACAAACACUUAUUUUCAACAGUCAGCGUGGAGGUUGAUCUGAUAGGGUAUAUAUCUAUAUAUUUUUAUGAUGGAUGAUAAUGAAAUGAUGUACCCGUCUGCGCUAACAGUUUACGCUGGCGGGGCACCAGUGGAGGACGAUAGAUGAGCAUAAAGUCAGGUCAGUUAGCCCAUUGUGACAGUUUCGCCAGAAAUUUACCACGAUGUUUUCCAGAGCGAACCGCGUGGACAUGUUUAGCAAACUGGCAUGGUACAUUAUUAGCAAUGGGAUUAUUUUUCCGCAGUACUAUUAAUCCCUUCGCCCCCGGUAGGGUAUAUUGCUAGUAAUGGAAUCACUAGCACCCAUUACUACCAAUCUCUUCCUCCUCCUCCUAGAGCCGUUGAACUAGUGAACUAUGGAAUAAGAUCCUUUUAAACAGCUAAAAGAGAUUUAUAAGAUAUUUGGCUGUUUUUUAAAUUUGGAAUUCAAACUACAAAAGGACUUUAUAUUAUUUUUGUAUGUAUGUAAUUAUGGAUUCUUAUUGUGGUGUAAAUCAAUUAGUAUUUUGGGUAGGUUUUCGAA